AAAAAAAUGAUCGUGAAGAAGUGGGAUCGAUGGGGGCUAAGGCUCACACAGACAUCCAUAAUAAAUAAGAACCUCUCCUUUAACUUUAUACAAAUCUCCACCUCUUUUGUUCUCAACACAACUUUUCUUUCUGCAACUCUCUCUUUGCUGAUGAUGUGAUUCUCCACCCAAAAAAUUAACACCCCUCCAUUAGACCUUUACAAAAAGAACAAAGCUAUGGUAUUCUCAUCUCUUCCUCCCUACGUAGAUCCUCCCAACUGGCCACUGCAACAAGAUCAUCAUCCUCAACAAGGAGGUGGACCACCAGCUGGAGGGAUCAAUAAUUCUCAGCAACAGCUCCCACCGCCACUCAUGCCACCGCCGCCUCCUCCUGCAUUGGGCGGCGGUGGAGCCGUCACCACCUCGAUUAGACCCGGAUCAAUGGCGGAACGAGCCCGGAUAGCGAAACUACCCCAACCGGAAACAUCACCGAGGUGCCCUAGAUGCGACUCAACCAACACGAAAUUCUGUUACUUCAACAACUACAGCCUUACUCAGCCACGUCAUUUCUGCAAGACUUGCCGCCGGUACUGGACUCGAGGCGGCGCGUUGAGGAACGUCCCUGUCGGCGGAGGAUGCCGGAGGAACAAAAGGAGCAAAAGUACUACCACUAGAUCAUCAAAGUCUCCAAUCACCGGAGCUGGUGGUGAAUGCCAAGCAAGCAGCAGCUCCACCACCUCAACAAGUACAGUUUCUAAUUCCAACAUGAGUUGCUCCACUGAUAACAUUUUAUUAGGUCAUUUUCAGUUGCCGAUAUCAGGCCUGAAUCAAGCCCAUCUCUCUAAUUUCUUUCCGUCCCAUUUGCAUAAUCUCGCUGAAUUGGGGAAUGCUGAAAAUAUUGGAUUGGGUUUUGGGCCGCUUAAUUUACGUGGUGAUCAGUGGAGAACUCAGCCACCACAACUUCCUUUCUUGGCUGGUAAUUUAGAACAAUUUGAAUCCGGUUCUGGCCAAGGUCAGCCGUUUGGAUUUGGAGAUGGGAAUAUGGAUCAGCUUAAAACCAGAACAAUGGAAACAGCCGCAGGGGUAGUGGAUUCUGUGAAAGAGGAAGGAAACCAUAAUCAACAAGCGCUUAUAAAUUUGUCAAGGAAUUUCUUGAGUAUUAAUCCAGGGAAUGAAGAACAGUAUUGGGGUACUACUACUAAUUAUGGAAAUGCAUGGUCAGAUUUGUCUGGUUCUACUUCUUCAGCUACACAUCUCAUUUGAUAAUUCUCCUUCUUUAAACCCUAAAAUCUAUAUAUAGAGUUACAUGUUUGGGGUGAGAAGUAAUACUAGCUAGUUUCCAGUUUCGUUUUUGAGUUAGAUGCCCAAGUUUUUUUCCACUAAAGUAAUCACGAUCUUCAAAGAGAGUGACCGUGACUUGAUGAAGAUCGAUGCCCAAGUUGUUUGAUGAAUGAUGAGAUCACUUCUGAAGAUUUGCUUGGCAGCUCUACUGAUCUGAGUUUGAUUAUUUCGUUGCUUUGGUGUUCUUAUGGGUAUGCUUAGGCAAGUACUGGAGUAGAGUGGUCGAGGUGUAGAUACCACCAUAAUGUGUUUGAUGUUUCAUAACAGAAAAGCUAUAUUGUUUUGAGAGAUUAGAAUUUCAAUGUAGUAAUUAAGUUUCUUCUUCUUCUUUUUAAUUUUUUUUUUCCCUUUUAACUUAUAUUCUUUUUCUUGAUUCAAUUCUGUAAAAAUAUUCAUAUACCCAGCUCAAUUAGAUCACUCUAGUCAUGAAUAUUCGUGAUCAUCUUUAGUUUUGAUAAUUAGUAGAAACUUGGC